GUUGGCAUGCGCAUAAAAAUACCGAGGAAGAAAAGCAGCAGUGUCCAACCGAAGGCAUUAAACUGUAAACAUUAGCAAGUUGGGGAACUCUGUGUCGCCGCGAUGGAAAAUUAAGGUUACCCUGAAGGUGUUGGACCAAACAUUGUUCUUCAGUGCAUGGACGCAAAGCCAAUGCGCAGGGCCACCAGCGCACGCCAAGACGCCACUGGAAUGGACAUCACCAGCCGCUGUACUCUGGGGGACCCUAACAAACUUCCUGAAGGGGUCCCCCAGCCCGCGCGUAUGCCCUAUGUUUCAGACAAACACCCCCGGCAGACCCUGGAGGUGAUCAACCUGCUGAGAAAACACCGAGAGCUCUGUGACGUGGUGCUGGUGGUGGGCGCCAAGAAGAUUUAUGCUCACCGCGUGAUCCUCUCUGCCUGCAGUCCUUACUUCAGGGCGAUGUUCACUGGAGAGCUGGCUGAAAGCAGGCAGACUGAGGUGGUUAUCCGUGACAUCGACGAGAGAGCCAUGGAGCUGCUUAUUGACUUCGCCUACACCUCACAGGUGACUGUAGAGGAGGGAAACGUCCAGACUUUGCUCCCUGCCGCCUGCCUCCUCCAGCUGGCUGAGAUCCAGGAGGCCUGCUGCGAGUUCCUCAAGAGGCAGCUGGAUCCCUCCAACUGUCUGGGCAUCAGGGCCUUUGCAGACACACACUCCUGCCGCGAGCUGCUCCGCAUUGCAGACAAGUUCACCCAACACAAUUUUCAAGAGGUAAUGGAAAGUGAGGAGUUCAUGCUGCUGCCUGCCAACCAGCUGAUUGACAUAAUUUCCAGUGAUGAGCUCAAUGUGCGGAGCGAGGAGCAGGUUUUCAACGCUGUAAUGGCCUGGGUCAAAUACAGCAUCCAGGAAAGACGGCCGCAGCUGCCCCAGGUUCUUCAACACGUCCGUCUACCACUACUCAGCCCAAAGUUCCUGGUGGGCACUGUCGGGUCAGAUCCUCUUAUAAAAAGUGACGAGGAGUGCAGAGACCUGGUUGAUGAAGCCAAGAAUUACCUGCUACUGCCACAGGAGAGGCCGUUAAUGCAGGGUCCCAGGACCCGGCCAAGGAAACCCAUCCGCUGUGGAGAAGUUCUGUUUGCAGUUGGUGGUUGGUGCAGCGGUGAUGCUAUUUCCAGUGUAGAACGUUACGAUCCUCAAACCAACGAGUGGCGGAUGGUUGCUUCAAUGAGCAAGCGGCGAUGCGGAGUAGGUGUCAGCGUUCUGGAUGACCUGCUGUACGCUGUUGGAGGUCAUGACGGCUCGUCAUACCUUAACUCUGUGGAGAGAUACGAUCCUAAGACCAACCAGUGGAGCAGCGAUGUGGCUCCAACCAGCACUUGUCGCACCAGUGUGGGAGUGGCUGUCCUCGGAGGUUAUCUUUACGCUGUUGGUGGACAGGAUGGGGUUUCCUGUCUGAACAUUGUAGAGAGGUAUGACCCUAAGGAGAACAAAUGGACUCGUGUGGCCUCUAUGAGCACCAGGAGACUAGGUGUAGCUGUUGCUGUGCUGGGGGGGUUCCUGUACGCUGUAGGAGGGUCUGAUGGGACGUCGCCAUUAAACACAGUGGAACGCUACAACCCUCAAGAGAACCGCUGGCACACGGUGUCUCCCAUGGGAACCAGGAGGAAGCACCUCGGCUGUGCGGUGUACCAGGACAUGAUUUACUCUGUAGGAGGCAGAGACGACACCACAGAGCUCAGCAGUGCUGAGCGAUACAACCCCAGGACCAACCAGUGGUCUCCUGUCGUGGCCAUGACGUCCAGACGGAGUGGAGUGGGCCUGGCUGUGGUGAAUGGUCAGCUGAUGGCAGUGGGAGGCUUUGAUGGAACAACGUAUCUUAAAACUAUAGAAGUCUACGACCCCGACGCCAACACAUGGAGGCUGUACGGAGGAAUGAACUAUCGCCGACUAGGCGGAGGAGUGGGCGUCAUAAAAAUGACUCACUGUGAAUCCCACAUAUGGUAACACGAACUCCCCCCACAUGUACACAUGGUCAUUCUUCUCAUCACGUUGCAGUGGAUGCCUCUGGUCACCAACUCUCGUGCCUCCAAAAGAGACACUGGGAUUCAUCUGGGGAUGAGGAGAAAUGUUGGGGGCGAGGACACCUAAAGAUGAAGAACGUUGAACUCUAGUUCAUCCCCAACUCCACUCUGAGGUCAUUAACUUUUACCCUGGUUGUCUCUGGUGAUUGACCACGGUUUUUCGUGAAGUGCACUGAGCGCAGAAGUCUACCGAGCAUCCUUUGGCUUCCACUUUGGACCGGACUGUCUUUCUUUUGUUACAAGGGGAAGAAUUGGAGAAUUGGAUUUGGCAUGUGAGAUCGCUCCGCUGAUGGGGGGGUCUGAGGUUCAAGAAGUUCAAAGGAAUCGGAUAAUAAGACAGGGAUUCCCAGUUUUUGAAGCUGUGAAAGCCUUCAUCACCUUUUCUUUGCUCGCUAGUGAUUCCCACUUUGGCUGAGUUAAAAACAGGCUGUCCACUUUUGUUUGUGAGUUUGGUUUAUCCCCAAAGACACUACGUCACAUAUUUAAAGUCAGAGGCGAAGCGUUCUCAUUCUUUCACUACAUUUCUUAGGGCUUCAUGCUUACACGUGAGCUGUGGCAGUUCUGUCUUUAGACCUCCUGUGUAGCAUCAAACACUAGAGCUGUCUGAAAGUCUUCAGGUUGGGUCACAAUAGAGCAGUAAUUUAUUUUAGCAGUGAUGAUCACCAAGGAUUUAAACAAAGAAAUCUACUCUGCAUUGUCACCAACUUCCUUAUAUGCAUCUGGACCCUGCAGCAGCACUGGAAAACAGAAAACUAUUGCCUGUAGGUUGUUUUGGGUGUCAAGUGUCAGUUAUGAUUCCCAUCAUCUGGUUUAGAGAUCCUUUACUGACUAGUUAAGUUCAGUCUAAAGCCUCGUUAGAGAGAGUUUGGAAACCAAAAGCAUGCUUUUUUAUGCCAGGCUUCAUUUCUGAAUCCUUAAGGCUUUAUUUAAAAAGUUAUCAGAACAUUGGCCAGUUAUAUUUCUGCAGCCCUUAUUUUGGAAAUCCACAGUAUGCAUAUCUGUUUUUUUAAGAUGGGAACACUGAAAGUUCUGCUGUUAUACCAUCACAUAGUCUGCCAUUUUUUCUCAGAAAUAUUGACUGACGUGUCGAGUAAGACUGGGCAGUUAAUUUGAAUUUAGAUGAGGUUGCAGUUUGUCCUGUUGCAGUUUUAAAAUUGCAGAAAGUGCAAUAUAUCUUUGACCUGAAAUGUGUGUCAAAAUUUCAUACAAUUGAGAGAUGUUAUGCUCAACACAUCAUGCAAGCAUCCAGUUUACAAAAGAUCCCCACUUUCCUUAUUUUUGUAUGUUUUGACAUAAAAAUGGUCAUUUCCUUCAAUACAGGAGUUCAUAUUGAAUUUGCAGUAGGAAUCAAAAUCAUCAUUCAACCCUGAAUGCAGUCUUUAUGCAGUGAAGAAGUAACAUAAAUGGCUUUAAAGCAACAAUGUUGAACUUUUCCACCUCAAAAUAACAUCAAUUCAGUCGACGUAACAGUAUAAAAAAUAAACUGGAAGAAGGCGUACACACACCUGCUCAGUUUCAGCACUGUUUUACUCUUUGUGAGUCCUGUUGGUAGAAUGUCUGAGGCUAAAACAUAGUAGAGAGGGUCAUGGAAGCUAAGGAAAAUACAGAGAGGGUGACCAAUUAAAAAGCAGGACACAAUAGAACAACAGUGGUCUAACUGCAGAGUGUGCAUCCCUGCAGGCAUCAUUAUAGCAGACAGCUGUGAGGCAUUUAGAUCUGCAGCUACAAACCCACCUAAGCUAGCUUGUUGUAAAUUAGCCUCUCCAAUGUAGCUAUUCAGCCACGGAUAGACAUCAUGGCAGCAGUUGAACUCAUAAACGGGCUGUAGACGCCAGCAGAGUCCAACAUGUUUCUGUACAUGAUCAUUUGUGAGGGCUCUUGGGUGCACUGUGUGCAUUAUACGACAGUGCAGUUGCAUUCAGAGGGCGAUGAAGUGCACACAUUUGUUUUUACAGUGUCUGUUUGGCUCCUCAAAGGCUGUCAUGGUGUAGCUAACAGUUAAAUCCUUUUACCUCACAAAAAAGAUCCAGUGAACUUCAUUUGAAGAACGCUGAGAUGUUAACAGUUUUUGUAUUGUCAACAAAUCUCACAGAAAUGAACACAGAACGAAAAUGACACUUGCCCAAGGCCUGUUCAGUCUUAUUUGUGUUUUUAGAUAUUUAACUAAAUUUCAAAUCACAUGUUAAAUAUAAAGAACAGGUAACUUGGUUCAUCAGGGGAGCUCAGAUUUGUAUUUUAAGGAUUUUCUUUAACAGUGGAGCUCUUUGGCAGAAUGACAUUCACACAACUGUCAAUAUUCUCAAGGCAGCCAUGUUUCUGUGAUGUCCUGCUCAGGGUUGGAAACUCAGAUGUUGUACCAAGUUAUUUGUCAUACAAUUCUAUCAUUUCUACUUUUAUUAGUUCCCUGAAGUCAGUGGAUAGUGGAAUCCAGAGAGAGAUCAGACUGCAUUUCAGGUUAAAAAAUAAAAGCUUAAAGUAAAUAAAAGUGUUAUUAUGAUUAUACUGGAGAAUUGAUUUGCAAUUGUAGUUAUGAUUUGAAUUUAUUUGCAUUUAUUAAAGGAUAGCCUCUUGAGAUGCAGCAUCUCAUUUUCAAGGGGGUGAUAUGAUCCAUAAAUGGCAUCCUGAGUCUGCAUGCUUGGUUAUAAAGGAAAAUGCAGAGUAAUGGUAGUUUAACAGAGAGAAAUGAAGUAGCCUGAAGCACUGCUUUCAAAAUUAUUCCAAAUAAUAAAAGUUUUUCCAUUCUAAAAAUACAGGUACUUUUUUUACUGUGAAAUUGCCGUGGCACUACUCUGAAUUUAAAGACCUUUCUGCAGGCGUUUGUGCAAACAAAAAUAAUCACAGCCUUUUAUGCAGUUAUGUAAUAGACCAGCCUGACACCACCGACAGACACUUGGUGUUCCUAGCAAUAAAAAAAGGGGUGUGUAUUUGAUGAUAUCGAUAUCAGCAUCGGCUAAAACAAGCUUGGAAAAGUCAGCAUAUCAGGUAUUGGAAACAUCCAAUAAUAAUGCGUCACUACUUUAAAAACCAAUAGUAAAAUCUUUUUGUUUAUAUGAUGAACGACCUGUAGCGUACCUGAGUGGGACACCAGAGGAACAUGGCUGCUGCGGGAAUAUUGUCUGUUAGUAGAUACUUUCUAGAUAGAUAUAUGAGAAUUGUUGACAAUAAAAUAAAACCUAGAUUAUCAUCUUCCCCUUUGAAGGAUUCGUAGCAACUUUUUAGAAAGUGUUGUGUCACAGUCAUACGGUCACUCUGGCUCCAGAGUCGGCACCAGUGAUUGGCUGAGGAUGGACAAAUUUAGCAUCCGGUCUUCAUAACAAAAAUGCACAAGUUAAGCUUAAGUCAUUGUUCCAAAGCCAAGCUGAGACCCAGGAUGCAAGUUCAAUGUCCUUUUGAAUUAGUUCAACCUGUUCAUGCAGAGCUGAAGCUGUGUUUUAUUUUGAAGAUCUGAUCACUUUGUGUUUCCCAGGCAGCGGUGAGUCUGACACCCCUAAGUUAAAUAAGAAAGCUGAUUCAAACCAAUAGGGCACUCGUCAUUCUCCAGCAGCAUCUGGAGAUUUCUCUGUUUGGAAAGUUGCAUAAAAUCCUGAUAAACUGGAGGAGGAUGAAACAGUUCCUAGUCUAAAAGCUCUACUUUAUGCAUCCCAGAUUACUGUGACUGGAUUUCUGUUUCAUGCUCUACACCUAACUGCAUGCAGAGUCAAAGGUAGCACCAGUGAACUUUUGAAAAGGAAGACUAUGAUCCACAUCACCUAACUCAUAACUGUGGAUGUCAGAAAAGAACAAAACCAAGUCGGCAGUCAGCAGAUGGUUUUUAUUGUUUAGGGUUUCACAGUCAUGAGGUUUUCAGAUGCACGCUGUUUUUGUUCAGUUUUCUCAUCUUCAAAUUAUUAUCCAAGUACCAACAUAUGCAGCACAGUGUAAUGGCGCCCCCUGCUGGAGGUGCAGCACUGAUUCAGACCAUAGAAGGAUCCUCUGCAGAGCUCAAAGUGACUUCUCUUUGCAAAUCUGAUCCCUGUUAUAUGGAGCCCAUUUCUGCCACAUAAAAAAGAAAACAUGUAAAAGGCAAUUCUUGGAAAAAAAAAAUUCCUAACUCGUUCUUAUUAGGUAAAAAGUUGAAAUUAUGGGAUAAAAAUUCAAAAUUAUG